AAUUCAGUGCUGGGUUGUUAUUCAGCCUAGAAAAUUAUCAGUUAAGAAAAUGGACUGGUUUUUCUGGAUUCCAGCUGUACUUUCAGCUGCUUUAGCAAUAGUUCUGAUGGAAUUUGUUAAACUUAUAUGGUUGAAACCACUGCAAAGUAAAAAGUAUUUUGAAGCCCAGGGGAUUCAAGGUCCUCAAUAUAAGUUAUUCUAUGGAAAUGCUCCUGAUAUUGUUAGAUUGGCCAGGCAGGAAAGCUCUGAACCAUUGCCUCUGUCGGAACACAAUAUAGUUCCUCGAAUUCUUCCUGCCCAUAAUCAUUGGAUGGAAACAUAUGGUCAGGAAUUUGUUUUCUGGUUUGGGACUAAACCCAGGCUUUAUGUUACUCACCCUGAGCUUGCAAAGGAAAUAUUAUGUAACAAGUUUGGACAUUGUGACAAAAUUCAAUACAAGUUGCUUGCAAAACCAGGCCUUGGAAGGUUAGAUGGAGAGAAAUGGGCACAGCAUCGAAGAAUUCUCAAUCCCGCUUUUCACACUGAUCUCUUGAAGGGCAUGAUUCCCUCAAUUGCAGAAAGUGGCAUCAAAAUGUUGAGAGAAUGGAGCAAACUGGUGUCUUCAGGUGCCAAUGAAAUUGAUGUUUUUAAAGAAUUUUGUGUACUUACAUCAGACAUAAUUUCAUGCACAGCAUUUGGAAGCAGUUAUGCAGAGGGGAACCGCAUUUUUCAUUUGCUGGAUCAACAAGUCCUCCUCUCUUUUGAAGCGAUUCGCAGUGUUCAUAUUCCAGGCUUCAGGUUUCUUCCUACAAGAAAGAAUAGGCGACGAUGGUCAUUGGACAAUGAAAUUAGAAGAUGUAUUUUGCAGGUGAUUGAACGCAAAGAGAAGAAUGCAGGCAUUGAAAAUUCGGGGGACUAUGGCACUGAUCUACUUGGUCUGAUGAUGGCUUCUAACAAGAAAGAGGAAGGAGGAAAGGCUCAAACAAACAUGAGCAUGACUCUAGAUGAAAUAAUUGCUGAAUGUCAGAACUUCUAUAUAGCUGGUCAGGAAACUACAGCAAUCCUCUUGACAUGGACUAUGGUAUUGCUAGGAAUGCAUCCAGAAUGGCAAGAUAGAGCACGCAAGGAGGUCUUGGAAGCAUGCGGGGAAAAUGACUUCCCAAAUGCAGACACUGUAAAUGCCCUAAAAAUUGUGGGGAUGAUAUUUAAUGAAUCCUUGAGACUUUAUCCACCAGCAGUGACAAUAACACGGCAGACAUCUAAGGCAAUGAUGCUUGGAAGGUUCUCAAUUCCUGCAGGUACUCAGCUUGAGAUUCCAAUUCUUCAAAUCCACCAUGAUCAAGCUUUGUGGGGAGAAAGUGUGAAUGAAUUCAAUCCAGAGCGGUUUGGCCAGGGAAUUUCAAAGGCUGCCAAGCAUCCAAUGGCAUUCAUGCCGUUUGCUUUAGGCCCGAGGAUCUGCAUUGGUCAAAACUAUGCACUGCUAGAGGUGAAAAUAAUAUUAGCCAUGAUUCUGCAACGGUUUUCCUUUGUGAUUUCACCUAAUUACAUGCAUGCACCUGUGCAAUCACUCCUGCUUAAACCCCAACAUGGAGCUCAGGUCAUUCUUCAUAUGAAUUAAGUUAUACAACAAAGAAUCACGGGAAAGUAUUUUCUUUUCUUAGACGAACUGAUACAGAAUAUACAGUACCUGUACAUUAUUAUAAUGUUAAUGUAAAUUGAGUUUUGAGCAAUUAUGAUAUUAAUCAAAGCUUAAAGAUUGAUGUGCUUUUGUAUG